AUGGUUUGUACGCCGAAAAUUAGAUCACUUUUUCCAUUGGAUAGAAUAGCAAAAUGUCUUCUAUUAACCACCACAUACGAGCUAGAAGCUGAUGCAAUUGAUGAAAUAGUAAACAACACUUUUAUACCUGUGUAUGUCCUUGGUCCAAACAUACCCUAUUUCCGGAUUCGAACAAGUUUUCCAUCAAGCAAAUCUAGUUAUUACUCAUGGUUAGAAUCCAAACCACCAAGAUCCGUACUCUACGUGUCAUUGGGAAGUCUUGUACGCGUUGAAAAUAAUCAAAUAGCCGAGAUCUUGGCUGGUUUGAAGCAAAGUGGUGUUGCGUUCAUGUGGGCCGCGGGUGGUGAAGCCUUGCGGCUAAGUGGUGACUAUGGGAGUGACGGUUUGGUGGUGGAACGGUGUGAUCGGUUGAGGGUAUUGUCACAUUCUUCGGUUGGAGGGUUUAUUAGUCACUGUGGGUGGAACUCAACUAAAGAGAGUUUAUUUUCAGGGGUGCCAUUGCUUACUUUUCCUACACGAGGUGAUCAAGCGUUUAAUGGUAAACGCGUUUGUGAAGAUUGGAAAGUUGGGCGGAGAUUGAAGACUUGCAACGCGUUUGUGAGUAGGGAUGUGGUUAAGGAUGUUGUAAGGGAGUUUAUGGGUUUGGAGGGUGAUUUGAGGGCGUGUUUGAUGGAACAUGUGAAGCGCGUUGAGGGUAUUUGUCGCGAAAGUGUGGUGGAAGGCGGACAAGUUGAGAAAGAGAUCGAUUCGUUCAUGAGAGAUUCGGAGACGAAUUGGUUAAUGUCUUCAAGUAAUCUCGGCCUAACUGGUAGCUGUGGGAUGGAUUCCUCCGAUGACGAGAUUGAGCAUAUGGAGGCUGAGGGAGAGGUGGGGGACGAGGGAGAGCCGGCAUAUCCGUACCUGCAGUUUCCGCAGGGUUCACGGGCGAGGGGGAGAUGCGCUAGGUUGCGCACCAUAGAGAUUGGGGGCAUGUAG